AUGAAGUUUGAGGAGUUGCUCGAGGAGGUUGACGUGGAGCAGAAGAAUCAGUUGACGAAGCAGGACUUUCUGGUCUUCAUGCGGAAGAUCCGGGAAAGGGACACGCAGUACAUCAGGGACUACUUCAGGGAGUGCGACACCGACGGGGAGCCGGGCCUCGACGCCAAGGAGAUCGCCACACUCAUCGAGUCCCUGGGCCACGUGCCGGACAUGGCAUGUGUCACCGAGACGCUGCAGCAGCUGAACAUUGAAAAUCCUGAGGAGGAGACUUGGACUUCUCCCAGGUCUGGCGCUUUUUGGAAGUCUUUCGGCGCCAGCAAGGCCUCACCUUGGAGGCAGCAGCGGAGGCCAGAGCAACCUUCCGAACGUUCGCAGGCGGAGCUGUUUCUGUGA